AUGAAGAGCCUCCCUGCCGAACUGCACGCCAAGCCGGCUGCACCUGCGACGCUGUUCCAGUACAUCUUCCAGAACAUCUUCCCUGUCAUCAUGCUGGUGCGCCUGUACGUGUCGGGUCUGCCCGGUGCUAUUGUGGAGCAGCUGCGCAACCCGAACCCCAUCAACCUCAUCAAUCCGCUACACUGGAAGCAGCUCGCCUUCAACCACGGCUUCAGCUCCAUUCUCGCCGUGGCCGACGAGAUGUACAAGGACAUGAAGACGCCGCUGCUCCGAGGCGCCUACGGUCGCGUGCUCGAGGUCGGCGCAGGUGCUGGAAACUCGGUGGGCUACUACGAUCAGUCCAAGAUCGAGCGUCUCUUCUGCCUCGAGCCCUGCGCUCCUCUGCGCGAGAAGCUCGUCGCCAGGCUCGAGCGCGUCGGUCUGGCCAAGAAGACCACCGUGAUCCCCGUCGGCCUCGACGCAAAGAGCCGCCAUGCGCUCCUGGAGGCUGGUAUCGAACCCGAAUCGCUCGACACCAUUGUCCUCUUUCAGGUGCUCUGCAGCGUGCCCAAUCCCAAGGCCCAUCUCGAGUUCCUCCAGAGCCUCCUCAAGCCCGGCGGUCAGGUCAUCGUCUUUGAGCACGUCGGCAGCAAGCACGGCUUCACCCGCACCGUCCAGAACAUCUGGAACCCCAUUUGGCACUUCAACUUUGGCGGCUGCGACAUCAACAGGGACAGCGGCGACUGGCUCCGCGACAUUGGCGGCUGGAAGCAGAUCGACCUCAAGCGUCCCGUGCACGAAACCACCGCCGAGUUCCUGCCCCACGACAUUGGUCGCCUCGUCAAAGCCUGA